AUGAGUAAACAAUUUCGUAUCUCUAUAUUAGAUCCUACAAGUUCGCCAGAAUUAAUAACCGAUGUUAAUUGGAAAUUAUUAUUAGCAUGUACUUUUGGACAUAUAUUUAUGGCAAAAGAAGCACUUUCUCAAGGUGCAGAUGUUAAUUGUCGAAGAUCUGAUUAUUUAACUCCUUUACAUAUUGCAGUACAAUAUGAUAAUGUGGUACUUAUUCAAUUACUUUGCAAUCAGCCACUUAUUAAUAUUGAAAUAAAAACAAUAGAUGGAUUGACACCUCUUCAUAAGGCUGUUUUUCUUGGACAAAAAAAUGCGAUAGUAAAACUACUUGAAAAUGGCGCCACAGUUAAUUGUGUAGAUAAUUUAAACAGAUAUCCUUUACAUUAUGCUGCUCUUCAAAAAGAUAUUAAUAGUGCCACUCUAUUACUAACCAAUGGCGCACAUGUAAAUGUUUAUGAUACUUUUUAUGAAAGUCCUUUAUAUACCAGCGUUAUACGAAGACCUUUUCUUCCUAUGAUUAAAUUACUACUAUUUCAUGGAGCUACUAUCUCAUCAGCACCAAAUCAAAUUUCAUUAGAUUUACUUCUUGAAACUAUUUUAUGUUUACGAUUUGAAUCAGAUAUGAAAAUACUUGAUAUUUUAUUUCAAAAUGGAGCAGAUGUAAAUACAGCAGAUCGUAUUGGUUUACGUACACCGUUACACAUAGCAGCCAUGAUAGGAAAUAUAAAAUUGGUUAUUUAUCUUAUUGAAAAAGGAGCAGAUUUAAAACGAAAAAAUAGUGCUGGUCAUACGCCAAUAGAUGUAGCUUUAAAAUGUCGUAAUUUUAAAAUUGCACGAUUAAUAGAAAAUUCAUUUUCAAAAGAAUAA